AUGUUUAAAGCCAUCCCCGUCCCGCGCUCCCUACUCUCGUCCGCGCGACUCGGCCGUCCUCUUCUCCCUAGACCCUUCAGACCUCAGCAUCUCCAACCCCUCCAGCGCGCCAACUUCACAAAGGUCACAAAGCCCAUCCCCGCCAAACCAGACUUCGACAAGAUGGCCGACAAGGACAUGGAGAAGUACCUCAAGCAGACGCACGACCGCGUCUUCGAGCACAACAAGGCGUGGGCCGAGCAGAAGAAGAAGGAAGACCCCAACUUCUUCGUCACCCUCUCGGCCGGCCAGACCCCCGAGUACCUCUGGAUCGGGUGCAGCGACUCGCGCAUCCCCGCCGAGCAGAUCACAGGCCUCGGCCCCGGCGAGGCCUUCGUCCACCGCAACAUCGCCAACCUCGUCAACAACAUCGACCUCAACGUCAUGAGCGUCAUCAACUACGCCGUCCGCCACCUCCAGGUCAAGCACAUCGUCGUCUGCGGCCACUACGGCUGCGGCGGCGUCAAGGCCGCCAUGACCCCCAAGGACCUCGGUCUGCUCAACCCCUGGCUUAGGAACAUCCGCGACGUCUACCGCUUCCACGAGGCCGAGCUCGACGCCAUCAAGGACGAGGACGCCCGCUACGACAGGCUCGUCGAGCUCAACGUCAUCGAGCAGUGCCGCAACGUCAUCAAGACCGCCGCCAUCCAGCAGUCCUACGCCAAGAACAAGUUCCCCAUCGUCCACGGCUGGGUCUUUGGCUUCAACGACGGCCUGCUCAAGGACCUCAAGAUCGACCACGAGUCCAUGCUCCACGACAUCCAGAAGAUCUACCACCUCCCCGACGCUUAA